ACACAGCCGAAACGAGACGUUCGGCACCGAAACGACAUCACCGCGAGCCUUUUUUCGUGGGAUCGGGACGAUAGCUUGUUCACGUUGCGGUACAUCCGCCAAACGAUCGCGUGUGAACCGAGUCGUGCGCGAUUUACGCGGUAUCGGGGGUGCGUAAACGUAAGGAGCGAGCACACGGAACGAUCACGCAUCGACGAGCCACAGGAUGACGGAGACGACGACAGUGACGUAAAGCCCACGAGGCCAAGUGGAUCCCCGAUUGGUGACCCGACUUGUUUCUUUUUUUUGCUUUCGUGCACGUACACGGGGGUGAUCCAUGGCCGAAAUUCGGUCGUUGAGGCUCGAUUGAGCCGCGCGAUCGUGCGAUCGCUCGAAAGUGUGGAAAUUAGGCGGAUCCUGUGCGUUCCCGGAUAACAAUGAUCUAUGUCGAGGGAAUACCGUUGGAGCGUGCGAUGAAUCCUCGCAGUGGUUCCGUUCGCGAUCGCCCCCAGCUCGGGAAAAGGUGUUUGGUCGAUGACUGAACCUCUCCCGGAUCUCGAAGACUCUCGUGGCAUCGUUUCACGCGCAGGAGGCGGCCAAUAAUCUCGUCCUGGUUAUCUCGUCGAUGACAGCUAGCUCCCGUAGGAUGUAAGCGUUCCGAAAGAAACGGCGAAGGGACUGUCGAAAUGCGAAGGAACAGGGAUUGGUGAAGAACGCGGGUUUCGAAUCGCUCCGCUGGACGACACCGUGUUGAACAACGGCUGAAUAUCGACCGAAGGCCGCGGCUACCGAAUUAGUUGUGGCGAAGGUCGCGGAUAAACGCGUGCAAUUCGGUCCCAGUGAGUGCGUUUCCGCUUCCAGAUCGGUUGCUCGGAAGAUUAUUGACGUUUGCCGCGGGUUCGCAACCUCCAAUUGGCCAUCCCCGAGGUUAAUCGCGCUCGAGUGCUCGGGGUAUCCGCGAUAACGUUCUGUCCGAUCCCUUCGACGUUGCGCGUCGUCAAGGAGAUGAUUCCAGCGUUGGUCAGACACGAUUCGGUGAACACGGACGAUUAGUGCGUCGGGAUUAACGAAGAGGAACUUUGAAACCGAGAGUGCGCACCGGACUCCCUCGAAGAACAGUUCUCUGAACGAGACCUACUGACCUAUCGACUCGACGCCACGGCUACCCUACUCUUCCUCCUCCACCACGGUUGCCACUUUUUUUUUUUUUCGUUACUUACACCCCUGUGGAACACGCAUCGAAUCGUUCAGCUGUAAUCGACGCAUCGGAGGACAGCGACCGUUGGAGGAAGUGUGCGGCGUUAGGCAGGCGACGUGGCUGCGCGUACGAACGCGCGGGUGAAUCGAAGAGAGUCGUUCUUUGAACGAGACCCACUGACCUAUCGACUCGCCGCCCUCCGCUCCUACCCCGUUUCUCGCCCACCCUACUUUCCGCCUUUGCUUCCCUUCGUGUGUAUGUGUGUUUACUGGCGUGCCGCGUCGUGGGACGUUUCGUGAUUCCCGUUUUCGUGUGGAUACUCCAGGGGUAACUGCUCGAAGACGACGGGGGUUGUUCGAUAUAUCGACUGCACAUUUACAAGACAAACGAGUGCCUAAGUAUCCGCGAUCAGUGCUCUAACUUAAACGUGUUCCAUUCGCACAAUCCCCUCGUCGCCUUUCACCCUCGGUGACUUUCUCUACUUCUGUUUUUUAUUUAGCGUUUACCGCCACUGUAUCGGUGUUCAGGGUAUCCCUCGCUCGUUCUCGACCUCGUCGUCGAGCGCUGAUCGGGCGUCGAGAAUACACGGUGAAGAGUGCCUAAAAUUUUAUGCCUUCUCGACUGAUUAUAUUGAUACGCGAUCGGAAUCGUCGUCGCAUCUCUCGCUCCCGCGCUUCGUUCUUUUUCGCGUUUCCUUCUUCUUCCUUUCUGUCGGAAGCGAUCGUUUGAUCGUUGAGCUCUUUACGCGGAGACGCGACAAACAGUGCCUCAGAUUAUUAUCUCUCGACUGAUCGACGGAGAAACUGUACGAAUCGUAAUUAUCCCUCGUACACCUCGACUUUUCGCUUCUUCUUCGGGGGCGUAUCCGAAUUUCGUUCGCCUUGCUCCCUCUCUGUUUCGAGAGAUCCGAGUAGCACCUCGUUUUUCUAACUCACCCAGUAGGUCAGGGUAACGUUCGAUAUCUCUCUUCCUCUUCGAAGUUUCCAUCGUCGUCUAACAUCCACGGAGACAUCCCUUUCCUAGAUCAUCCCGAACAGCCCGAGGACAAUCGUCGAUUGGUAAUCGCAGACUGAUAACGACCGUGAGUCGAACGAACACAUCAACGUCGCCUAAUGAUUGGUCGAUCGGCCACAGGAGUAUUUGUCGAUUCGAUAGGACGCAGGAAGUCAACGUUUCCUCUCCCACCCGUUGCCAAACGAAUCGUCGAACUUUUACCAGGUCGAUCGAACGAACGCUAGCAGUCUCGACAGUGCAUCUUUAAUUUCGCCAGCUGGAAGAGAUGGAAUUCAGAUCGCGAUCCAGGAGCGUUGCAAUGCCCGUUGACGUCACGAAGGAUCCCAUGGCGAUCAUCGAGGAAUUUUCUCCUUGUAAAAGCGUGGCUUGCAGGUGCUGGCCGUCGACAAUGAUUGUCUGAUCGUAGAGUUAACGUGGCACGAAGGAGGAACGGGGGAAUUAACAUUAGCAAUAAUAAGAAGAGGAUAGACACUAUAUCUAAGACAACACAGGAACCUUUCAGGAUAACGUUAAGCGUUUACGAGUAAACGGUGUUAUCGUUGAUUAAUUCCGCAGUGAGAUCGAAGGCGUUCGAUUCGAUUCGUUCAUCGUCUCCUCGCGGAGUCUGCCACGAUCGUAAAUAGCGAUCGAGGGAUCGCAACGUUCGAGUGAGAAAAAUGCCGAUGAAAUAAACUGAAAUCGAGGACAAACGUAAUCGCGAAAAAUGGCGGAAAGCGCUGCGAGUCCGGGUUCCGUGGUAGCCGCGAACAGUCCGCAGCAACAACAGCAAUCUCAACCACCGCAACAACAACAACAAACGCAACAGACACCACAACCGCCGGAUAUAAGCAGUUCGCAGCUGGCGUCUCCACCAAUCACGGGCACAGGUACGAAUAGGAAACGGUCGAGAUCUUCCGCCCAGAUCGAAAUAAUCCCGUGCAAGGUGUGCGGCGACAAGAGCAGCGGCGUCCAUUAUGGCGUGAUCACCUGCGAGGGUUGCAAAGGCUUCUUCAGGCGGUCCCAGUCGUCGGUCGUCAACUAUCAAUGUCCGCGGAGCAAGAAUUGCGUGGUCGACCGUGUAAACAGAAACCGGUGCCAAUACUGUCGGUUGCAAAAGUGCCUACGCCUCGGCAUGUCCAGAGAUGCCGUUAAAUUCGGACGCAUGUCGAAGAAGCAGAGGGAGAAGGUCGAGGACGAAGUUAGGUUCCACAGGGCACAAAUGAGAGCGGCCUCCGAGACGGCGCCCGAUAGCAGCGUGUUUGAACAUCAGACCCCAAGCAGUUCGGAUCAACAUCACCCCUACAACGGAGGAUACACAUAUGGAGGUAGUGAAUACGCUUCUCCCGGUCCCGGAACUGGCGGAUCGGGUUAUUACAAUCAUCAGGCGAUGACGAACUACGAGCUUAGCGCCGAUUACGUCGACAGCACGACGACCUAUGACCCGCGACCGACGCAGACGCAGGUCGCGGACACUGUCGCCCCUGAUACGCCCUCCGCUGUCACCGCGACUGGGGUACUUCCCAGCGUGGUCACCACCGGAAAGUCGCUGUCCGCAUCGACGACCGGAAGCAGCACGGGUGGUAGUGGUGGAGGUAGUAGCGGAGGCGGUGGUGGCGGUGGUAACGGUGGUGGAUCCGGUGGUGGUGGCUCGGGUGGUGGAGGGAGCGGUUCUGGCACCGCUGGUGGUGCGACCGCCACCGGCGGCGGGGGCGGCGGUGCCGGUUCUUUGAGCGGGGGUGGAAUCGUUGCUGUGAAGCAAGAGACCACCGUCGAACUCGCCAGCCUGGGCCAUGGCUCGUACACGAUGGUCGACUCGACGACCUUUCUGAGCAGUCAGCAACAGAGGGUCAGCAAUCCAUCCGAGGACGACGAAGUGCCGAGUCUGCCCAGUAUGUCCCAUGCGAGAUAUCCUGCACAGAUCAGCGAGCUACUCUCAAAAACGAUAGCGGAUGCACACGCAAGAACGUGUCUGCUGUCGACGGAAGAGAUCCAGGAGUCUUUCCGGAAGCCCCACGACCUCUCCAGAUUGAUCUACUACAAGAACAUGGCGCACGAGCAGCUGUGGCUCGAGUGCGCCCAAAAACUAACCACCGUUAUCCAGCAGAUCAUCGAGUUCGCCAAGAUGGUUCCUGGAUUCAUGAAGCUCUCCCAGGACGACCAGAUUGUUCUAUUAAAGGCUGGUUCCUUCGAGUUGGCUGUGCUACGUAUGAGCAGGUACCUUGAUCUUCAGCAGAAUUGUGUCCUCUACGGUGACACUAUGUUGCCACAGGACGCGUUUUAUACGACGGACACGGCGGAAAUGAAGCUCGUUUCUUGCGUGUUCGAAUUGGCCAGGAGUAUUGCCGAAUUGAAGCUCACGGAAACGGAGCUGGCGCUUUACAGCGCAGCGGUUCUGUUUAGUCCCGAUCGGCCGGGACUGAAAGGACUGGCGGAAAUCACGAGACUGUCACAGGCGGUAAUCAGGGCGCUGAGGUCGGAACUCGACCGUAAUCACGUGUCGCCGAUAAAAGGCGACGUGACGGUGUGCGACGCGAUCCUGGCGAAGAUCCCCCAGCUGCGAGAGAUCUCUCUGCUGCACAUGGACGCCCUCGCCAAGCUGAAACGGUCGCAGCCGCACCUCGACUUUCCGGCCCUCCACAAAGAGCUUUUCAGCGUCGACAGCUGAACGAUCGACGCGGCGCAGGGCGUCCCGACGCUGACGAACAAAGCGGUACGCGAGUAGCGCCGGGCCUUGCUCUGUCAAGAUUAUUUCCUUCGUAAUGAACGUAUUGGGCCUUAAAUAAACAUAACAUUGUUAUAUAUAUAUAAAGUAUACAUAAAAAAAAGCAACAUAAAGUAUAUAUGAAAGAUAUAUAGAAGUAUAUAUAUAUACAUACAUAUAUAUAUACACACAGAUAUAAAAUAUAUUAUAUAUAUAUAUA